AUGAUGCUUGCUUCAUCAAUGUUUCUAAAUUGGAAGAAAACUGCCUUGACUGCAGCCCUGUUGCUGGGUGAGACAGUGCUGGGUCUCACCCCUGCAGAAUGGCGCAGCCAAUCCAUCUAUUUCAUGUUGACCGACCGGUUCGGUCGUAGUGACAACUCCACUACAGCCGCGUGUAAUGUCAGCGACAGGACAUACUGUGGAGGCACCUGGCAAGGAAUCAUCAACCAUCUGGAUUAUAUCCAAGGAAUGGGAUUCACUGCUAUCUGGAUUACCCCAGUUACAGAACAACUUCCCCAGGAUACUGGCGAUGGCGAAGCCUACCAUGGAUACUGGCAACAGAAUAUCUAUGAGGUUGACUCAAACUUGGGCACAGCUGCCGAUCUGUUGGCUCUGUCCGAGGCCCUGCAUGCUCGGGGCAUGUAUCUUAUGGUGGAUGUGGGCUAUGCUGGAGCUGGCAGUAGCGUUGAAUACAGCGUGUUCCAUCCUUUCUCCUCAUCAUCAUAUUUCCACUCUUACUGUCUCAUUAGUAACUAUGAUGACCAGUCAAAUGUUGAAGACUGCUGGCUAGGAGACACUAUUGUGUCCCUUCCAGACGUAGACACGACUCAAACAGCGGUGCAGACUCUCUGGUAUGACUGGAUUGGGGAUCUUGUUUCAAACUACUCCAUUGACGGAUUGCGCAUUGAUACCGUCAAGCACGUUCAGAAAUCUUUCUGGCCCGGCUACAAUGACGCUGCAGGCGUCUAUUGUGUCGGUGAAAUCUUUGAUGGUGAUCCGGCUUACACUUGUGACUACCAGAACUAUAUGGACGGUGUUUUGAACUAUCCGAUCUACUAUCAACUACUGUAUGCAUUCCAGUCCUCGAGCGGUAGUAUCAGCGAUUUGUAUGACAUGAUUAACUCUGUCAAAUCCGACUGCGCGGAUCCAACCUUGCUUGGAAAUUUCAUUGAGAACCAUGACAACCCCCGAUUUGCCAGCUAUACAAGUGAUUACUCCCAAGCGAAGAAUGUGAUCUCAUUCUUGUUCCUGUCAGAUGGCAUUCCCAUUAUCUACUCUGGCCAAGAACAGCACUACAGUGGUGGAGCCGAUCCUGCGAACCGUGAGGCGACUUGGCUCUCAGGGUAUUCAACCACCGCAGAGUUGUACAAGUACAUUGCAACCACGAACAGGAUCAGGAAGGCAGCUGUCUCUGCAGACUCCAGCUAUAUCACAACAAAGAACGUACCAUUUUACCAAGACAGCCAUACACUAGCCAUGAAGAAGGGAUCCAGUGCCUCGCCAGUGAUCACAGUGCUGUCGAACUACGGAUCAUCCGGCAGCUCCUAUACAUUGUCAUUGAGUGGAAGCGGAUAUUCAUCAGGCACCAACCUAAUGGAGAUGUACACCUGUACCUCGGUGACAGUUGAUUCCAGCGGAAACAUCGCCGUUCCAAUGGCAUCUGGUCUGCCGCGCGUGCUCAUGCUUGCAUCUUCAGCGAGCAGUAUCUGCGCCUCCAGUACUACGACAUCAACUGCCACCGUGGCAACCCAAACCACAACGUUGACUACGACUGGUACAAGCUGCACCCAGGCCACGGUUCUGCCCGUUCUAUUCAAGGAGCUUGUCACCACAACCUACGGUCAGAAUGUUUACAUCUCAGGCUCCAUCAGUCAGCUUGGUAGCUGGGACACUAGCAGUGCUAUUGCAUUGUCGGCGAGCAGUUAUAAUUCUUCCAACCCUCUUUGGCAGGUUGCUAUCACGCUACCUGUUGGAACUUCGUUCCAGUACAAGUUCCUUGAGAAGACGACUGGGUCCACUACUAUCCAGUGGGAGAGUGAUCCCAACCGGUCCUAUACAGUGCCGACUGGAUGUGUCGGCACGACUGCUACAGCUAUUGCUACAUGGCGAUAG